AUGGAUUUCCGCAAGACGUCUGGACUGCAAAAACUACCAUACGAGAUCAUGGCAUAUAUCGUGCGGGAUCUGGAGAUUGGCGAGAUCUUCGACUUGUCUCGAUGCUGCCGCCAUUUCCAGUACUUGGUGCGCGAAGAGAGCUUCUGCAAGGCAAUUGUCACAGCGAAGGCGUGGUACACGGCUGAGGCGCAGCAGGAAGAGGACAGUGGUCAUUUCUCAAGAGCUCUUCGGCGGCUGGCAAAACGACGUCAAGCUUUCUCCCAGGCAUCCCCGUACGUCGUGGGUAUAGUCGCAUUUGCCGAUUCUUACCAAUACAUUUGUGGCAAACUGUGCUACAUCAUCAACGAGCGGCCGCGCCGUUGGCUUCGCAUUCUCGACCUUCACGGCUCAAAGGACACCGAAGUAAUCAUAGACAUCCCGACUCUGAUCAGCCUGGCUGUGCCUCGAUCAGCAAAAAGCCGCAAGUACAGGUUUAGGACCCUGUAUCACGCACAUGGAAUUACGUCCUGCUUAUUCUCUUUCGCCUUACCCCGUACAGAAAACUGGCUUUUGAUUUUCAAGCAUAAAGAGCAAGUCAUCUUGGAGGCGGUCCGCCUAAACUCUACGUCUAAAAUAUUCGUACGAAACAAUGCCCAAUUUCUGUACUUUGGAACGCAUUCAGAGGAAGGAACCGAUGGCUUUCGAAAAUGGGUCAUUGAAGGCUUCGACAUCAAAAAGAGGAUCUGGUUGUCCCCAAAAAUGCACCUGUCAGACUUGGUCGGGUGUGACAUGGGAUCUACCGUAUGCUUCGAAAUUUUCGACGGCCACUUCUACGGCCUUUCAAACCAGACUGCUUUCGAGAUUGAGGAGAUCGACUGGGUUUCUCACUACUACUGCUUCCGGUUUCGCCUGGAAGAGCCCGACCCCAAAAAGGCACAAGUGAUGAAAAGAGAGGACAGCUGGAGGAGGCAACACUCAGAGGGACCUAUCGAUGACCGAUGGGGAUUUCUUGCACUGGAGAAGGAUGAGACUUCCGGAGGAAUCAGGAUUGUCGAGUCCCGCAAGGAAUGGUUGGCAGGGCAGAGUGGUAGUAGACGCACUUACUAUACCAAAGAGGUCGUAUUUGGCGAGUACUACGGUGAGAAUACCGAAGAAACCCGCUUGGCGGCCAACGAUGCAGUACAAGGCGAAAAUGUGGCCAAUUUUAUUGGAUCAAUAAGCAGGGCCGAGCAGAUUAACCCACAACCACGAUUACCGUCGGAGAUGCACGCAGGGGACGAUAGCUCAGGCACUUCAAUAGUCACGCGGAGCAGAACAUACCUGUGUUCUUACCAGAGAUGCUGCCAUACGUUUCUGGAUAUGAUGGACGACACCUGCGUUGGAGAUGCUGGCCCCCAGUGUCUACGGAUUCGAACUGGACACCGAAAAUCAAGGCCGAUCUCGUCACCCGCCGGAGCGCUAAUCCCCUCCGAGAGCAGUCUCGAUCUUGACGACAAGGUCAAGCAACUCUACCAGGAGAACGAGAUAUACAUUUGGCCACCAAGAAGGGCUUCGUACUGCUUGGACCCUUGCUCAGAAUCGAUCUACCAGGUACUCAAUCCACCUGAUCAUCAGGGUUACGUUGCUGCAGUUGGCGACGAACGCUCAAUUGUCUACGCUACCGGCGAAAACGCAAAGGGACUCAAAGCGCUGGUCUACAUAAGCUUCGACCCUGCGGCCAAGCUGUCAGGGAUGUCACAUGGGGGAAACUUAUUGGGUCAGAUGGAAAAGAUCAGCUCACACGGCGGUGCAGAGCAACCUAUGAUCAGUGAGGGAGUGAAGACAAGUGGGAUCCCUCAGUCGACCCAGGAUGUGACUUCCAAGGACAAGAGCAAAGCUGAGGCCACCACUCAUGGAUAUCGAGGUUCAAUACCUCCAUACGUUUCACCCAUCCUGUCGAGGGACCGCUCGUCCCGGCAUACGUCACAAAACACUCAGGGAGACCCGGUCUGGGCAUGGACCGACAAGGCCAUGUACCAAGACAUUCUGGGAAAGCAGUUUACGUUCGCUCUUGGGAAAUGGGUAUGCUGA